GUUACUCAGUCGUCGCUCGUCAGCUGAUCGCACGCGGGUUUCAGCUGUCUGCACCGCGGCCGUGGGUUUGUGUGUGUCGUGCACUGGAAUAUUCUAACCUCCCCUCUCUUGGAUUAUUGGUACAUCGUCGCGUUUUAAAAACAGGAAGUGCCGAGCCCAAGAGGACGAGAAGGUGGAAGUCCACUGGCCGAGCUCUCAUCACUUUGCCGGGCACAUCUUAAGUGAUCUGUUGUGUUCUCCCGAGCGGUGUGUGUACGCAAGUGAUGUUAACGUCACUGUCUAUUGUUCACCGUUCGAAAACGUCUUUGAGGUUGUGAGUACUAGUUGAAUCUUUACACUGGUUAACAGUCAUUUAUCAUUUUGGUUCUCAGUUCGCAUUGUGGAUGUAUGUGAAAUAAUAACCACGUGUGUGAAAGUGUCAAAAGAAAAAUGUGCGGGAGUGAUAUUUGGUGAUAAUGCUCUCGUAUAUGGUUCCCAGCAUCGAGGAUAAGCCUCCGCCAGCGCCCAAGAGGCUCCAGUUGGAGUUGGAGGACCACGACCGGUUGGGCUUGACUAAUGGGCACGCGCUGGUGAACGGCACGGACAUGUUGGUCACCACUUCGUCACUGCCCACGGACCCGGUGGUGGUAAAGACCGAGAAGGUGGUCAGGACCGUCACAGUGAACGGGACCAAGGGGGUGGCCAAGAGUAACACUCUCUCCACCGAGAGCUCGGCCAGCAGCCUCAGCAGCAGUGGUGUGGCAGACGUCGUGCCCACCCACAUCCACGACAAACCCAAGCCCAAGCUGAUAUCCAACGGUGGGACUAAGCACCAGUCACUCAAACGAGUGUCCUUCGGCAGCUCCAAGGGCUCCAUGGUAGAGACGCUUAUCUACGAGAGCCCUGUCCAGGAGGAGCCGGAGGUCAGCCCGACCCCUGACCCCGCUGACCCUGACUCCACCUCACAGUCAGAAAGCAAGCACCCGUCCAAAGUGCGAGUGACGUUCUUCGAACAGGAGAAGCCACUCGUAGUCAGUUCGCCCGAGCCGGAAAUCACCGAGGAGCUGGAUGCUCCGUUCGUCCUAAGCAUGACGUCCCCCAGCCCUGUUGUCGACCAUGUCGCGCCCUACCACAGACAGACCAGCACUGACAGUGGAUGGGACAACCCUUUCCGGCCAGACGGUGACCUGUCACGAGAGGCGGACGAGAUAGUGGAACUGAUAAAGGGUGGGAAGCCCAUCACGCCCACGCCAGGUAGUACGGCGCCACCCCUGCCAGCGGUGGAGAGUGAUGUGAGUGCCCAGACCGCCUCCCCCGCGAGCAGUCCUGCCCGGGGUGCCAACGGCACGGCCCCUGCCACUGCCACCGCCCCAUCUCCCGCCCCCGUCACCAACAAGCCGGGGGCGGUGGAGCUGCAGCGUGCCACAGUCGCACCCAGCGAUGCCAGCCAGGUCGAACACGUCGUACUCAAGAAGAAGCCCAAGUGCAAGUGCUGCGUGAUACAGUAACAGAGCGCUGCCAGGGAAACCCACUUAUGAGCGCGAUGGUCAGCAGAGCCUUAGGAGAGACUGCAUACCCCUCCCAAUCAGGUCACAGAACAUUCUUCUGGAACCUGAAGCUAAUAUUCAAAUAACACAUAAUAAAUUUCAGGAGAUGUUUCUAAAGCACAGGUGGUUUGAUGUUUGCUCGUACCAAUUGUCUGCCAGAUUCUAUGAAGCAUUCACAGUUUAAAUACAGAUCAAGGAAAAUCCUAAUUUAUCACUAACUGUAGAAGAGUUCUGGAGGAAUGACUCUCUUGAUUUCUAAAAACAGUAAUUCUGUAUUGCAUGUAUGGUAGGGAGCUAAAUUGGACUUGUGGCACCAAAAUUAUGACUCAACCUAAUUUCGUACCUAAGACUUUGCUGAGCCGCAAAUGACAUUUCAUAUUGUGCUAACCAUAAAAAUGGUCACUAAUUUGAAAGGACUUGUGAUGACGUUCAACAAAAUCCUCUGGAGCUGACGGACACCAAGUACCGAAACUAGUCAAUUGACAGUGAGACGUGUCAUAAGUGUGUGUUUUCCGCUGACUCUUCAACAGGACUCUGUAUAAGGCUGAUAGCUGCUUGACUGCGCUCUACUCUAGGCCUAGUUCAGUAGUGUAUGUGCAGUGAUUUCACAUGUCUAUGUGUUCAAUAUAUUUUCUACAGCGUACACCAUUGUAUGCGACGUUUCUGUGCCGUAGUUGGUUUCAAAAAGCCCACCUCUGUAAGUCAUGCAGGCCAGUCAAUUAUUGUUUUGCUGAGGAAAUGGUUGCAGAAGGUACUGUUCGUUUUUUAUAUUAUUAAAUGCAAUCAAUGGCACAAUAGAGUAUAAGUACGUUAACACGUACAAAUUUUCUUGCUACAGAAUUCCAGUCAAAAGUUUUGCGUUUCCCAAAUUGCAGAUUGUGAGUUUAAAUUCAACCUUAUUACAUUUGGCGUAGGUUUGACUGCUUAGAAAGUAAUGUAAAAUUAAAUUGUAUGGACUAAAUCAAAGUGUCAUUACAUUGCUUUAAAAAUUUAUAGUUCAAUAAUUUUUCUACCUAAACAAAGAAUUGUUUUCCAAAUUUACUAGUUCUCAGGCAGUGCCAAAAUGUUCAGCUCUUAAACCUGAAAUUUAUAAUUAAAUCAAAAAGUGACAACAAUUUAUGGUUCUAAAAUUUCUAUUGUUAGUAAAAAAUGUGUUUUUGAGUUAAUGUAUACAAAAAAGGUAAAAGAAAUGUGAUAAUAAAUAGUGGUGAACACCAAGCCUAAUGUGAUGUGACAUGUGAUAUGGGCCGGUAGCUGUUACGCUUGCUUUCCCCCCACACUGCACAUAUCUUAGUGCAUCUCCUGCAUUCUGAUGCAUUUAGUCUGUCAACGGCUAUGUUUGUUAUAGAUUAUGUUUAGUACCGCCUAAGUAAAUGUAUUUAACAUUUAUAUUGUUGAUCAAUCAUUACCAUUUAGCCUUUUUAUAUUUUUUAAGGUGAUGUAAGUAAGUGUGCUCGCUCGCGCUGUAAGUAGCAAACCUAGGGACUGUAUAUUUUUAAUACAGUUGAAUGUAAGUAAACAGCCUUAUCCCAGUAUUAUUUUCUAUUUUUCAUCAAGGUCUAAUAUUUCGAUUUUUGUUCGAGUACCUCAAAGGUUGGCAAAAUUUUAUAAUUACUUUUCUUUGCAUUGAAUUUAAUAAUUUAUUUUAUGAUGUAUUUAUGUUACUUGUUACGUGUUGAGAUUUUAUUUACUAAUGUUUCCUGGUAAAAAAAAUAUAUGUACAAUACUAACUUCAAGGCAACUAUGAUCGGAGAAAAUGUUUUAUUUGUAAAAUAAAAUAGAAAUAUAUAUAUAAAUUGUGUAUAUAUUGUAUGUAAUCCUACCCUAUACAAAGUAAUUAGUUUGUUUAUUAUUUAUUGAAAAAAAUAAACGACCACACAAAAUGUUCAUAAUAUACUAUUUUAAUUUUUGUUAUUACCUUUGAUUUUUCAAGGAUGUUGAUUGUAUAUAUUUUAAAAGAUGAUUGUGUCAAUGCCUAUUAUUACAGUUAUAAUUGUAUUAUCUAUUGCUAGAUUAUUCUUUAUAUUGACUAAUACUUGUGGUUAUGUUCGACAGAUUCUUGUGAAUCACUAUGGUGCGUAACAUAUUAUUCUCCUAGCAUUAUUUUAUAUUAUGUGUAAAUAGUAAAAAAACUUAUUCAAAUACCAUCA